AAACAGUAUAAUAAUAAAGCAAAUCUUGCAAACUUGCAGUUCUUGAUCAUGUUGUUAAAAAAUAUUUACUUUUGUUUCCAUAGCAACGAAAACUACCUAAGAAAGAAGACUACCUGUGCUGUGCGACAUGGCUGAAGUCGAAGACACUUUAAAGAGAAUUCAGAGCCACAAGGGUGUUAUUGGCACAAUCGUCGUUAACGGAGAAGGUAUUCCCAUCAGAACAACACUAGACAGUUCCAGCACAGUACAGUUUGCAGGACUGCUGCAUCAGCUGACUAUGAGAGCCAGAAGUGCAGUGAGAGACAUCGACCCCCAGAAUGACCUGACAUUCCUGCGCAUCAGAUCCAAGAAACACGAGAUCAUGGUGGCGCCAGAUAAAGAAUACCUGUUGAUGGUGAUCCAGAACCCAAGUGAAUAAUAUUGUCACAAUUAAACAACAGCAGCAGGCAGUAUAUUCAAGUGUAAUUAAUCUAAUAUCCACUGGAGGGAUCCACUAUAUUGCUGCUGCUUUGCUUCUUUGAAAUAUUGCUGGUUUUAUCAGUUGUGACAGCAGCAGACUGGUUUACAAUGCACUUCCUUUAGUACAAAAGGUAAUGGGAAGUGUAUGCGGGUGCAUAUCAUUUAAAUGCAUUUGUUCUUUAGGAAAAAGCACUGCACAUUUAGUAAAAAGAAGUCAGUGUGAUGGAUAAUCAGUUCCUAAAUUACAUAGAUUUGGCAUCAUCAUAUGUCACCCAGAACCUUUGGGCUCACUUUUUUUGUGUUUCAAUAGCCCAAGUGUA